GCGAGGGCAGUAUCAAAACUUUGGCGGCACUUCAUUUGUCCGCCAAAAUAAUUUCGACUUCACUCUUCUUUUCUUUCUCCUUAGCCCUUUAAGAUCGAGUCACAAUGAGAGCACAUAUUCUGCGACUACAAAGAAUUUGAAUUGCCUUCGGAUUUUGAUCCAUUGAUCAUCAAUAAGAAGCCGAAACCCUAAAUGUCAAAGAGACUAAUUGCACUAGGGCACGAUCUGCACCUUUUGUUUGGUCCAUCAAUGUGAAUUUGAGUGUUCUUUUACCGUUGUUCCUUUGAGUGGAACUUCGAGCUUUAAAAUAUGUUAGGUCGCCGUGUAUUUGUAUGAAAUGUGUUGCAGACACUGGAUUUACACUUGAAUCUCUUGUUUCUCCUUGGUAAUUUUGAAGAAUAAUUGGUCACAGAAGUGUGGAUUUGGUUUCGAAGAUGCUUCAUGAAGUCCUUCUCGCUCUGCUGGGGUACACUGGAGAUUUCAUCGUUGAUGAGAUGGAAAAUGCAAACCCUAGCUCAGGUUGCUUGUCUCGGGAUUCUGAUGUUGCAGAGGAAUGUACUUUCAGUCUUGCUCCUGAUAUUACUUUCAUCACAACCUCUCAAAGGGAUGUUCUUGAGAGGCUUAUUCCUUUAGGAUUCUACUACAGAGAACUUGACCGUUUUGCUACAAAGUCCCGCAACCUUAGCUGGAUAAGGUUGAUGCAUGAUGAUCCUCAACCACAUGUCUCCAAUUCGAAAGGAAAAAGUAAACAACCAAGCGUCUAUCGCAGGGCCUUGGCAAAUGGCAUUUUGGAAAUUUUGUCUGUUUAUAGAUCUGCAGUUCUCCAGAUUGAACAGACAUUGUUGUCUGAUCCUGUUCCCAUUUUAGCAACUGUCGCUGAAGGCUUCAAUAAGUUUCAUGUGUUGUUGCCACCACUUCAUGAACUUAUUUUGGAGGUUGAGCGUGGUGAUAUCCGCGGAGGACAACUUCUUAACUUAUUACAUAAACGAUGUCAUUGUGGAGUGCCUGAAUUGCAAGCUUGCAUCCAAAGGCUACUAUGGCAUGGACACCAGGUUAUGUAUCACCAACUAUCAGCUUGGAUGGUUCAUGGGAUUCUGCAGGAUCCAUAUGGGGAGUUCUUUAUCCGAAGACAGCAAGAUAAGGAGUUUGAACACUCUUCAAGCCAUUCAGAUCCCCUGUAUAAAAAAUUGGCACAUAAAUCACUUGAAGAUGGCUCUAUAACAGACUGGCACAUGGGAUUCCAUGUGUUUUUGGAGAUGUUACCAGAGUACAUCCAUAUGCGUGUUGCGGAAUCUAUUCUUUUUGCCGGUAAAGCAAUAAGAGUACUACGUAACCCGAGCCCUGCUUUUCAAAGUCAAAAUAAUGCUCUCUAUCAGCUCAUUCAAAGAGGCCCUUUCAGAAUUCGUGGGGCAAUGGAACGUUUUGCUGGUCAGAAGGAAAUCUCUACAGACACUCAAUUGAUUGAAGAAGAACUACUUCCACAAUCUGAGGCGGAUAAAAUUGAUUGCAUGCUUCAGGAGUUGAAGGCAGCAGCUGAGUUCCACAAGAGGUCCUUCGAGAAUGUUGUGAAUUCAAUUCGUAUAAUUGCAGCCAACCACCUUUGGCAGUUCUGGUUGCAGCUGGUGGUUGUAAGAGCGGAUUUGAAUGGCCACUUGAAGGCCCUGAAGGAUUAUUUUCUUCUUGCAAAGGGAGAUUUCUUUCAGUGUUUUCUUGAGGAGAGCAGACAGUUGAUGACUUUGCCACCUCGCCAUUCAACUGCAGAGGCUGACCUUAAAAUUCCUUUUCAGCAGGCUGCAAUCAAGACUAUAGGGGAUGAUGAUAGGUACUUUUCAAGAGUAUCCCUAAGGAUGCCAAUUGCAGUCAAAUCCUCUCAGAUGGAUAUAUCAAAGCUGAAAUUAAGUGGUGAUGGUGGUUCGGAUUCCCUUUUGUUGGGGAGUGCUUUAGAUCCUUCCCUUGAUGGUUGGGAUGCUAUUGCCCUUGAAUAUUCUUUUGAUUGGCCAUUACAGCUAUUCUUUACUCAGGAAGUGCUCGCAAAGUAUCGUAGACUCUUUCAGUACUUGAUCAGGCUCAAGCGAACACAGAUGGAAUUGGAGAAAGCUUGGGCUGCUGCUAUGCACCAGGAUCACACAGAUUUUGCUAAUUAUCGUAAAGAACGGUUGAAGUGUUUUAAUUCUCGGCAGCGUCGACAAGGAUCUAGCCCAAUUUGGCGUGUUCGAGGGCACAUGGCCUUUCUUAUUACAAAUUUGCAGUUCUACAUUCAGGUUGAUGUCAUUGAAUCUCAGUGGAAUCUGUUGCAAGAACGUGUUCAAGCUUCUCAUGAUUUCACAGAGCUUGUGGGCUUUCAUCAAGAAUAUCUGUCAGCUUUGAUAUCUCAAUCCUUUCUGGACAUUGGGUCGGUCUCAAGGAUACUGGAUAGUAUCAUGAAGCUCUGCCUGCAGUUUUGCUGGAGCAUUGAACGCCAAGAAACCAGUCCAACUACCUUGGAUUUGGAACAUAUAAGUGAGGAAUUUAAUAAGAAAUCGAAUUCCCUGUACACUAUUCUCCGUAGUAGCAAGAUUGCAGGGAGCCAGCGGGCCCCCUUUUUGAGACAGUUCCUGCUACGCUUGAAUUUCAACUCCUUUUUUGAGGCGACUGCAAAAGGGGUGCUGAACAUUGUGAGAUCACGCCCGACCCUUCCUGUCUCUCAUCAGUGAUCACGCCCGACCCUUCCUGUCUCUCAUCAGUAAAGGAAAGUUCUGUAAAUUUUAUUCAAUUAUUUUUUUUCAUGUGUCAUUUGCCUUGUAAAAAUUAUUGGUAUCCAUUUAUAGAAUCACAGGGUUUUUUUGGCAAUUUUAUAGUUUAUUUUUUAUUUGUAUUUUUAUUUUUAUUUUAUUUUUAUAUUUUUGUGAAAUGGCCCUGAUUUUGAAGAAAG